CAUUCCAUAUUCUGUUGCGACAUGGUUGUGCACCGAUAUUUAGCGAUCUUACUGAUCUUGACCUCGGCAUGCACUGGUGAGAAAGAGGAAAGGGAGAUCGAGGGGCAUAACCCAGAUCCCGAUUUCUUACCCUUCCUCAAGCCAGAAUCAGUAGCUGCCCUUGGAGCACUGCCCUUUGAACGUUUGCCCAAGAACAUUCAGCGGAUGAUCAGGGAGGUCGGCGAUAGCUCUCACUGGUGUUGUGCUCUACCGACAUCGAAAUUCGUCACCCAUAGCGCCGCUGAGCUCAAUUACCGUGUCACUUCUCAUAAUGAGGCUUAUUACAGAGGAUGUGGAUGGUGGGGCUGGUCUAAAUGUAAAGUCUACAAGACAGUGUAUAAACAUUCCACCAGUUAUGGGGCUAGUUACCGCUUAGUUGAAGUACCGGUCGAAUGUCCUGCCCACAAGGUUGUAUGCUGCAAGACCUACAUUAUGGUGGCAGAGCAUUGUUUACCGAUUUCAGAACUGGAGAAAGUGAAGGGCGACCUGUUAAAACUGCAUGAACUAGGAGAGAUUUAAGCCACCUUGCGACAGGGCUGAUGAUCGGUUCACGCUGGCUGCAAACCCUUCCCGUUUUGGUAUUCUGUGCUGAUGAUUUAAUUGUAGGAUAGGGUCAAAAUAAGAAUAAAAUAUCGAAUGAGUGUGUUGUUGCGCUACUA